AUGAGCAGCGACGAGAAUAAUCCCUCUUCCGCCGAUCCUUUGCGCAAGCGUAGUGCUUCAGCCCUUCAUACGGGCCCGCGUAAAAAGGCGGCUUCAUCAAACCUGCUUGUCCUUCAUGGCCGACAUUUUGGCCACACAGUGUUUUCCCUGUGCAACUAUCCUGCUCUUCUGACUGCUGGCAUACUUCGACUUGAAGAACUGCAGGACUCUCACAUUGAGGAUUACCCAGCUGAUGUUCAACGGGAACAUAGGGUGUUCAUGAAUCUAAUAGAUUCGUAUCCAGGUCUGUUAGACCGUCUGACGAAGGGUGAGGAAGAAGAUAUCAUUCAUGUGGGAGAACUGACCCUCAAAUCUGCCAUACUCGAAUGGCUUGUACCCAGAGGACAGGUAGUCAUACCACCCCUCUCCCGGAACAUUAAGUCUGACUGCAGGUUCAAUCAUGAAGUCACCGGUGCGUUGUUUUGCCCUGCAGGCCUUGAUUGGUCCAACAUAGAAACUAAACAGGGCCUGAAGAGCGGCGAAACCGCGGUUAGUGGUGACCAGUGGCCCGUAUUCUUAUAUGCCGGGUAUGAGUAUGAUUCUGAAGAUCCGUGGAAGGGGUUACUGCGCAGCAAGAUACUCAUCUUCGGUUACAAACAUGUCUUUACGUCUCCAAGCUCGGUAGAUAAGGAGCCAAAGGCCACGCGCUCCGGCAACGCUUAUCUUCACAGUAUGAAAUGUGUAUGCUUCUCGUUAAGCUCUUCGUCGGUAUUUUCGCAUACCAAUGCAGUCACGGACUCCGAAAAUUUUUACCAUAGCAUUCUUGACUUGUUGGAGGAUCCUGAUGAGAGUGAGGAGGUGGCUGACCUUAUGACAUGGUGGACUCGUCGCAUUUUUCCUAAUUCUUCUUCUUCACUGCGCAGUAUCAGCAAAAAUAGUGUGCUGUCAAAGAUUCGGGAAAAACGCGCUGCCUUGCGAGAAUGGGCUGCCGCUGGUACCAAUUAA